AAGCAAUUCUACAGAUCAUGGUCGUGCGUACUGCCACUUGGCUUGCCCCCCGACAAUGAUUUGGCAGAUGUUUUGUCCUCAAUCCACCAGAAAGGCCAUAAUGAUUAUUAAUCAAAAGUGCGGCCAAGGGCAUUUGUGUCUUCUUACCACAGUUAGCCUUGUUUGAAAUGGUUUUAAAGAGCUCCUAGGCCUAACUUGAUCACUCAUACCAGAAAAAAAGGAAGCAAUCUUGCCAUAGUUUCUCCAUAGUUCUUGGCUACUGUGGUAUCAAAAGGAGCUCUUAUAACAAAGGUUGAUUCUUUUGAUUUGAUUGAUCCAAGAGAGCUAUGACCUUGUUCAUCUUCUAAUAUGUCAAUGUUGAUCUUCUAAAUUUUAACAGAUGGAAGAAGAGAAGAAGACAGUUAGGUGUUGCAGUGAGUGCAAGACCACCAAGACACCAAUGUGGAGAGGUGGACCAUCUGGUCCCAAGGUCUCUUCUUCUACCUUAACUCCCUAUAUCCAUUUAGCUUUAUUUGAACUUAAGAGGAAACUAUAUAACUAUUCUGAAGUUUUUUUUUUCUUUGCUCUUUGCUGUGAAAUUCACAGUCACUUUGCAAUGCAUGUGGGAUCAGAUUAAUGAAACAAAGACGGUCCGAGCUAUUGGGUAUUCGUAUUAUUCACAGCCACAAAGCCUACAAGAAGAUAAAUUCAUCACCAUCAUCACUAUCAUUUUCACAUGGUGGCGUGUCUUUGUGAUGUAGGAGACUCUUAGAUUUACAGAACCUAAUCUAGAAGUUUUCCUUUUAUUUCAUGUUUUCUUUUUCUUGUAGGGAUUUACCUUUUUAUGUUUUAGGCUCUCUCUAUUUAAGAGGGUUUUAGGUAUUCUGUUUUGGACAUUCAUAUCUUUUCUUAUCAAUAGAAGUUUUCAAGCUUUUAUCUUUUCUGGUGGAUUCCAGAGCUUAAUAUUCGAGUUCUUGCUUGAGAGCUUGAUUUUGAUCUAAGGGUUAGUGUUUGCUAACCUUAGUGAUUUCCGACUGCGUCAAGUGGUAUCAGAGCAAGGUCUUCUCCUUCUCUUUUCGAAGCUUGAUCAGCCAUGGGUGAUCAACCAGUAACCAAAGCCGACUUCGAGGGUUUCGCAGAAGGUUUAAGGGAGGCAACCACAAACCUCACUGCUGUAACUGCUCAAUUGGCAAAUCUGGUAACUGCGUUAAAUAAUCAGGUUGUGGCUUAUCCCAAUCAGGUUAAUAACGCCGGUCAAAGAGGUGGAGAAAGAAGACCAAUUCGGGGUCAACAAGGUCGAAACAAUCGUGAUGUUGUUGUUGAUAAUUCUAGUUCAGAAGAAGAAUCAGAAGAAGAAAUAGCUGAAGGAAACCAACAAAACAAUUAUGAUUAUCGGGUAAAAGCCGAUAUUCCAUUGUUCUAUGGAACUAUGGGAGUGGAGGAGUUUCUUGAUUGGCAAAUUGAUGUUGAUCAAUUUUUUGAUGUCAUGGGCGUUCCUGAGAAUAAACAAGUUAAGAUGGUAGCUGUCAAACUGAAGAAGACUGCUGCAGUGUGGUGGGAUAAACUCGUUGUCCAAAGGCAAAGACAAAGGAGAGGACCAGUUAGGACUUGGCGUCGAAUGAAGCAAUUAAUGCUGGAGCGAUUCUUACCGGAAGAUUACGAACAAAUUCUUUACAAGAUGUAUCUCGAUUGUGUUCAAGGAAACAGAACUGUGACCGAGUACACAGCUGAAUUCUUGCGUUUCUCUGAACGCAAUGAGUUAGGCGAAACAGAGAAUCAGAAGGUGGCUAGGUACAUCAGUGGGUUAAAGGGUUCUCUUCAUGGAAAGAUGGGUUUGCAAACCGUAUGGACCGUGCAGGAAGCUUCCAGUCUAGCAUUAAAAGCUGAGUUAAUGGAGAAGUCAUCACGCGGGUUCUCAGCAUUUAGAAGAAACACGGCUCAGACCAAUUUUGAACCAACAAGUGAGAAAGAAAAGAGUGUAGCCAAUAAAGACUCCAAUCCGGGAAACAAAGGAGCUAGUAGCUCUAACUCAAUCCAACAGAACAAGGCACCAGCUCAGAGACAAAACAAUCCUUAUGCUAAGCCUUCCAUUGACAAGUGUUUCCGUUGCCAAGGACAUGGUCAUAAAUCAAAUGUCUGUCCAAGUCGGAGAACAGUUGCUAUAAUAGAGGAAGAAGAUGAAGAGGAUGAAAGGGAUUUCGCUGAGAAUGAAGAAUAUGAGGGAGCUAAAUUCGCUGAAGAAGAAUCUGGAGAGAUGAUAAACUUUGUGCUGCAACGAGUCUUGUUAUCAUCUAAAGAAGAAGGCCAACGUAAGAAUUUGUUUAGAACACAUUGUUCUAUUCAAAACAAGGUGUGUAAUGUGAUUGUGGAUAAUGGAAGCUCGGAGAAUUUAGUUUCUCAAAAGCUGGUGGACUAUCUGAAGUUACCCACAACCCGUCAUGAGAAACCGUACGGUCUUGGUUGGGUGAAGAGAGGAUCACAAGUUCGAGUUAGCAUGACUUGCAAAGUUCUCAUAUCUAUAGGUAAACAUUAUAAGGAGGAGAUCACUUGUGACGUUCUUGACAUGGAUGUUUGUCACAUUCUUCUUGGACGACCUUGGCAGUAUGAUAACGAUAUCACAUAUCGAGGUCGAGACAAUAUGAUAAUGUUUACGUGGGGCAACCAUAAAAUUGCCAUGGCACCUGUUAAGGAUUUUUGUAACACUGCGAAGGAAAAGAAGUCAAGUUUCUUGGUUAUGACACAUGACGACAAAGAGCUUGAUGGGGAUGUUCAAGAAGCAAAGUGUUUCUAUCCCUUGGUUGUUAAAGGGUUGUUGAGUGCAGCAACGGAGGAAACGUCAACCCCACGAGAAGUGUUAGAAAUUCUGGAUGAUUUCAAAGAGUUGAUUGCGGAAGAACUUCCUAAUGAUCUACCUCCCAUGAGAGAUAUUCAGCAUCAUAUUGACUUGAUUCCAGGAUCCAGUCUGCCAAAUCUUCCCCAUUACCGUAUGAGCCCUAAGGAGAAUGAGAUUUUAAGGGAACAGAUUGAAGAUUUGCUGAGAAAAGGAUUUAUUCGUGAGAGCAUGAGUCCAUGUGCCGUACCGGUUCUGCUAGUUCCUAAGAAAGGUAACCAGUGGAGGAUGUGUGUUGAUAGUAGAGCCAUUAAUAAGAUAACCAUUAAAUAUCGAUUCCCUAUACCCCGGUUGGAAGAUAUGCUUGAUGAGUUGUCAGAGCUUAAUAUUCGAGUUCUUGCUUGAGAGCUUGAUUUUGAUCUAAGGGUUAGUGUUUGCUAACCUUAGUGAUUUCCGACUGCGUCACUUUGAAGAAACGACGGAUUCUAAAAGAGAAAGAACAAGCAGCUCUUUGUCUACUAUUAUUGUCUUGCAACUAUGUUUUCGCCUGAGAAAAAAAGAACAGAGUAUCUCACUGAAAACACAGUUUUGUCCUUUAUUUUGUUCGACGUUUUUUGGGCCACUCUUUUAGUCUUAAAGAAUAUGCAUGUAUAAUUUAACGCACUAAAUUUGGGCCCAUUCUUGUGUCAACGGCCUGGCCCAUAGAGAUCAUUGGUCAACUCUUGAAUAAUGGAAUUUUAUACCGGAUCA